ACUUUACUUCGUCUUUUGCUACUUUUGUCAAACGGCAGUUGACUUGCUGUCUAGUGGUUAACACAAGUUAUUUAUUGUUACUUAAGAAGUGUGACAAUAAACUGUGCCGCGCUAGGUUGACGUUAGCAUAGACAUUAACCAUAAUUUGCGAAUUAUAAAGGAAAAGGUUUUGAGUGCAGUUAUACGCGUAUUCUAUUUAUGCACUUGAGGAACAAAGCAACCGCUAGUCCACUGUCAUAGCAAAUAACUUACCGAUGAAGUUCAGUCCAGUCUUUGUCAGCUGUCAAGUUAACCUCCUGCCGUAGACAUGAAUGCAUAUCACGUUUUGGAUCUGGUGGGAGAGGGCUCGUUUGGUCGCGUUUAUAAGGGUAGGAAAAGAUUUACUGGUCAGGUGGUGGCUCUGAAGUUCAUGCCAAAGGUGGGUCGCUCUGAAAAGGAGCUACGAAGUCUCAAAAGAGAGAUUGACAUCAUGAGGGGUCUUCAACACCCAAACAUUGUCCAACUGUUUGACAGCUUUGAGACUGAAACUGAGGUUGUGGUUGUAACUGAGUAUGCAGAGGGUCAGUUGUUCCAGAUUCUUGAGGAUGAUGGAAAGUUACCUGAAAACCAGGUCCGUGAGAUUGCCUGUCAGCUCGUCUCAGCGCUGUAUUAUUUACACUCCCAUCGCAUUCUUCAUCGUGACAUGAAACCACAAAAUAUACUGUUGGGAAAAAGUGGGAUGGUAAAGCUGUGUGACUUUGGGUUUGCCAGGGCCAUGAGCGUCUCCACACUGGUGCUGACUUCUAUCAAGGGAACACCACUGUACAUGUCUCCUGAGCUGGUGGAGGAGAAGCCCUACGACCACACGGCUGAUCUGUGGUCUUUAGGCUGCAUUCUCUAUGAGCUGCACACGGGGGCGCCUCCGUUCUACACUAACUCUAUCUUCCACCUGGUGCAACUCAUUGUGAGAGACCAAGUAAAAUGGCCAGACACAAUGAGCAACACCUGCAUGAGUUUCCUGAAAGGGUUGUUGACCAAAGACCCACAAAAGCGGUUGUCAUGGCCAGACCUCCUGCACCAUCCCUUUGUUGCUGAUGGUGUUCUAGUGCUGUCAGACGCGAGUGUUUUCAGCCCUCUGACGGAGACACCCAGCCCAGACAUGCUGGCGCUAAAGCUUCAGCAAGUGGCAGCGAAAACAGUACCAACGUCUGGAGAGAGCAGGAUACUGCGAAAAGCCAGGGAACAGAGGGACAACUGUAGCAGAGGGAAACCGAAAAAGAACAACGGAGUGGGAACUGAAGAGGCCAACUCUGCGAUUGUAGCAGCAUCUCCUAGAGCCACGCCACCCUCCAGUGAUGUCUCUGUUACUUCAGGUCACUCAAUCAUGGCAGUCAACCCAAAACAUCAAAUCUACGUGACAUCAAAACACAGGGGUCAGAUCAGCAGAGACUAUGAAAAGGAAUUCCCUUCUGUAGAAGUCGGGCCACGGCUAGUGUGGCGGUGCAGUGAGGACAGUCCAACUACACCGCACAUGCAGGAUGCUGACAGUGAGGAGUACUGGGAGAAACUGGCCCAAGACUCAGAUCCAAGCAAGCAGCAGACAGAACUAUUAAACUACAGUGUCAUUAUACCUCAACUUAAAUCCAAAAUGCUGGCUUUUAAAGCUCAGCUAACAGGUAGCGUUGUCAUAGAGGCGUGGCAGAUUCAGCAGCCUCUGAAGAUCUUAACCAACCUGAUUCUGACCUCGGACCUUCAGAAGUCUUAUUAUAUUGGCUGUGAGCUUGGACUUCCCCAUAUUCUUUUUGACCUGGUCCACGAUAUUAUAGAAAACUCAACUUUCAUCAAGCUACCCUGGAGUGUGCCAUCCCUUGGAAACAUUGUUGCGGUGCUUCUGAUCUAUUGGAAGAAGCACUGUGACUGGGUGGAAGAAGAACAUAGACUGGAAGAGUUUGUCUGGCCCUUCAGCGUAAUUCUCAGUCGACCAGAUCUCGUUCCUUUAGCACCUUUUGCUGCGUCUGUCCUGUCUCUCUUCACACAACAUGAUGUUGAUGUUGAACUUGAUGUGGACAAUCUAACCUCCUUGCUGAAAAGCCUACUCUCGGACUCCUAUGAGGUCCAGAAUCAGCGAUCCCAUCUUUCCCUUCCUUCUGGCUGGGGACACUGUGAUGGCAUCCUGUCUUUACUCCUACACACACUGUCUGAGCAGGAAAAUAGUCCUGGAUUUUCAUGUUUAGAUCCAGUUCUGUUUCUGGAUCUGUGGAAGAAAAUUGGUGCAUCACUGGCAAAUGCAAUGACAGACACACAUUUCUGUUCAGCAAAUGGGCUGUAUUCCUUUCUGUCUAUUGCACUGCUUGCCUUCACCAAGGAUCCAUAUUCAUGUGUUCCUCUCUUUUCUGAGAGUGAAUCAAAAUGUGUAUACACUCUUGGCCAGCUGCUGGGCUCUGACUGUCUUCAUUUGUUUGCUGAAGGCAGUCCUGGGAGACUUGAGGUGGAUCUGAGUCAUGACAGCCUGUCCGUGUUGAGCUGCCACUUGCUGUGCUUUCCAUUUGCCCUGGAUCUGCCUUCACACACCAUGUCCUCAAUUCUCCAGCUAUAUGACAGCUGUGGUAUUGUCGCAAGCCUCAUGCAGGUAAUUCAAGCUCUUCCUCCUCCGCUCCUAGAGCUGCCUCUCUCCCUACUGAACCGUUUGCUCCUGUGUGACCCCAAGCACUCUGUUUCCCACCUCAGAAAACAUUCCUGUGUUUUUUUCAUGCCACCCAGCGACAGCCAGCUCACAGCCUCCAAACACCAGGCUCUGCUAAGCAGAACUGCUAGCUCUCUGCUCUUUGACUUGCUGCAACUGGAUGUACUGUGGGACUCUGCAGUGGAGCUUCUAACUCUGUUGUCCCAAGUAGCCCGUUGUUCCACUAGGCCUGCCUGCCUUCAGCUUCACCUGGAAGCCUCAGUACUGCACCAGACGCUGUCUCACCCUCAUGACCAGAUAAGGGCUGCCACAUGCCGGCUUUUGGGAAAUUUGGAUCCAUUCAAACCUCCAGCACUACAACCUGACAUUUUCAAAAGCAUGAAAGGCUGUCUUCAUGAUUCCUGCCUUCCUGUCCGGCGAGUAGCUUGCAGGGCAGUUGGGAACUGGUUGGGGUAUAUUGCAGCAGGAGCAGGGUUUAAGAUGGGUAGGUCCAGUGGAAAGGGCAGUGACACAACUGGGUGGGCCAAAGUGAAGCAAGAAAAUAAACACAAGUGGUCACACAGUGAGGCAUCAGGAACUGUGACUACUGUAGUAGAACAGGGAGUGGACGAUAAAGAGGGACACCAGUGGAUAGAGGAAGCCAGAAGCACGGCGGCCAUGCUGGGGCCUCUAAUCACCGACCCUGAUGCCCACACACGUCGUCACUGUUGUGCAGCCUUGGGAAACCUGGUAAAUGUUGAUGGUGCUGUAUCUUUGUUGUUGGAGGAGGGUGUGUCCAGCUUACUUCUGAGAGCUGCUUGCACGGAUUCCCAUAAUGCAGUGAGACAAGCUGCCAUAGCAACCCUGAGCCUGUUCAGCCAGCAGGACACAAUACGUCAGGUCCUGAUAUCCCUCCACGCCAGAAAGAAACUCCUUCAGGCUUCUCAAAAUGCACCUCCACAGUGCGACUAUGGUCGGCUCAUUGGACAGCUGUGAGUGAGUUUAAAGGGAAUGGCAGCACAUUAUAAAACCAUGCCUAUGUUAAAUAAUUAUAGUUUCUUACUUUACUACUUUCUCCUGUCUUAAGUGGUGUGGUAUUCAUUCUCUGUUUACUAUGGCUUCAUUAACUCACCCACUAUGUUUAUGUAGAAUCCAAGUGGUGCAAAUAAAAACACUGCUGAGAUUGUGGCUGUGCAAUCUGAAAUAAAACUGUUUCCUUUUAUUGUAAAGUUUCAUUUCAUGACACCAGUUCCAAUUUCAGUGGAGAAAAAAAAUCAAUAUAACAGAAAUAAAAACC